GUAUACGCUUUGCUUAUGUUGAUAGACUAUGAUACCGAAACAAAGUGGUUGAUGAUCCUCGAGCUCACCCAGAGUGGAAACAGCUUCCAUGUGUUUGACCAAGGCCAAUUUGCCAAGGAGGUGCUUCCAAAGUACUUCAAACACAACAACAUGGCCAGCUUUGUACGGCAGCUCAAUAUGUAUGGCUUUCGGAAGGUUGUCCACAUCGAGCAGGGAGGAUUGGUGAAGCCAGAGAAAGACGAUACCGAAUUCCAGCAUCCGUACUUCAUCCGAGGCCAGGAACAUCUCCUGGAGAACAUCAAGAGGAAAGUAACCAGCGUAUCCAGCAUAAAGAACGAGGAUAUAAAGGUGCGGCAGGACAACGUAACCAAGUUACUGACGGACAUCCAGGUGAUGAAGGGAAAGCAGGAGAGCAUGGACUCCAAGCUGAUAGCCAUGAAGCAUGAGAACGAGGCGCUGUGGAGGGAAGUCGCCAGCCUGCGGCAGAAGCACGCUCAGCAGCAGAAAGUUGUCAAUAAGCUUAUCCAGUUUUUGAUUUCUUUGGUGCAAUCCAACCGUAUUCUCGGGGUGAAGAGGAAGAUCCCCCUGAUGUUGAACGACAGCAGUUCAGCACAUUCCAUGCCGAAAUACAGUCGCCAGUACUCCUUGGAGCACGUCCACGGCUCAUCCCCCUACGCAGCUUCUUCCCCAGCAUACAGUGGCUCCAACCUCUAUUCCCCGGAUUCUUCAGCCAACUCCGGUCCCAUCAUCUCCGACGUGACCGAGCUAGCCCAGUCCAGCCCUUCCGCAUCCCCCAGCGGCAGUCUCGAUGAAAGGGGCAGUCCUGUGGUCCGUAUCAAAGAAGAGCCCCCUAGUCCCGCCCGCAGCCCCCAGAUAGAGGAGGCCAGCCCAGGGAACCCUCCUGCUGUUGAAACCCCUCUGUCCCCCUCCACGUUCAUCGACUCCAUCCUGCAGGAGAACGAACCCAGCACGACGACCGCUGCAGCCGGCGACAGCACCACACAGCCUCAGCCCCAGGAAAAGUGCCUCAGCGUUGCCUGCCUCGACAACCUCUCCAGGUCUCCCUGCGGGGAGGCUCUCCCUCCCGGAGCGUCCACGUCCCCACUCAGUUUGGUGUCGCCUGCAGGGGGGACCCAACGCUCUGCUGCGAGGGGCCACGUGGGAUGCCAAAAUAAGAAGGGGUAAAGAUGACUGUGCUGAAUAAGGGCGUGCUCGAGCCGCCUGCUCCUCCAGCGAAGGAAGGAGUCAGCGUACGAUCAGCCUCAUCACCUCGGGCCCAGCGCAUCCCCGCGGUGUAAAAGCUUCUGCGCUGGAUUUGCGGUCCAAAGGCAGCCGACAGGCACUCCGGGCAGGCAGUGUUCCAGUAAAAUCUUUAAUCCCAGGGGGGGUUUACCUGCGGGUGAGGCUUGGCACCGCCGUGGGCAGCGUUUCCCCAUGAGCCUGCUCUGCCCACAUGCACCGCGGUGCCGUCCCUCUCCCCUCCUCCGCUUCUGCCUGCCCUGGCUGCCCUCCAAAUCAGCGAGGGAGGCAGCUUUGCCCUCGCUGUUGCUUGCCCACCUCCUUCUAGACGUGGUGAGUGGAUUCUCCUGCUCAGCCCCGCGACUCGCUGGGACAUGGCUUGCGUCAAACGGUGGCUGAGAUGGGCCCCGUUUUUCCUGGAAGCGGCCGUCCUUGCUUUCCCCGCUGCCUCUGCGGCGCUGUCGGCUCGGGGGCAAACCGGCCCAGCUCCAUCGUUCCGGCUCUGCACAUGGGCUCGCCUUCCCAGGGGCAAGCAGCCGGACUCUGCGCAGUUGCCCGAUGCCGGUUGUCAGCAGGGACCUUGGCAUCUGAAAGCAUCCACAGCCCAGGAAGCUCCUUCAGGAUUUUCCUGGAUGUGCCCCGGGCUCUCCAUCAGGAUCCCAGCUUCCCGGGGCGCACGGAGGUGCCCGUUCCUCAUGAGCCCUGUGGGCCACCAGGCUGCUAAAAGCCAUCGAGGGGCCAGUCAAAAGCUCCCAAGGGCUGGUAGGAGGCCAGGCCAGAGCGGUGCUGGCCUCGGCAGAGGAGGAAGGCGGCUGAAAGCCGACGGGUGGCUCCUGAUCGGGGAGCGGCCGCGUCGUCGUACGUCUCCUAUCACCGCACCGCGCUCACAGGUGCAACUGCAAGCCUUGGGGUGAAAAACCAGAAAGUUGGUUUUCCUUUGCAAAGCGCCCAGAACUUUGCCCUUGGCCCUGUUGACGUCUCGGCCGCCGCUCGGGUCUCGGCCGCGUCCCGUCCUCCCUGUGCUCCGGGGAAAGCGGCCUGUCAGAAUUCAGGUCUUCCCUCUGGAUGCCGGGACAGACUUUCUGUCCUUAAAGUAUAAAAUGAUCUGGAGGAGACACCGUUAGUCUCAGGGGCCUGGAAAGCAGCGGAGAGCUCGUGAUGACAGCGUGACCCGUCCUCCCCUGCUAAUUAACCCUGCGCUAGCCUUGGCUUUGCGGAGCUGCGGCGCCAUGGCUCUGGGUGGGGAAGGGACAAGCCCUGGGGACGAAGCCC